AAGAAAAGACACUUGCAAUUGGUGUUUCCAGUCGAGAACAACUUGCAGUUGAAAUGAAAGUACUGAUCACGUUCUUCUUUUUGGGCGUCUGCCUCAGUUGCAUCCAAGCGGAUGAGAGUAUUGCUGAUCUCCUGAAGGACAAUGCGAAGGGCGUAGAGGCGGCCAAUGUGCUUCUGACCAGGAUUGCUCAAGUAAGCGAGCAGACCCAGGUCGGCUUGGCGGAGCAAAAGGAGGCACUCAAAGUCCUGACGCUCGUGGAGGCGCUGCUAGCGAAGCUGACUCUCGCUCUGGAUGUUGGCUCCAGCAAUCUGGUUGCUACCCUCGAAAACAUAUCCCGGCAGGGGGAAGAAUACGGCAAUAGAACGGAGGCAGAACUCCUGGAAGUGGUCCGCCUGCAGGAGGGCACCAAGGAGAUACUCAAUGUUCUGGAGGCCAAAUUGGAUGCCUAUCAGAGGCAUGUGCUCCACAGUUCCCGCCGUAUUGACAGCAGCAUCGACGGGCUGGCGAAACUUAUUACUAGGACGGUGUUGCCACAAUUAAAUGGCCUGAAGUGUACCUUCGAUAGCUUGGAGACGUCUCAAAUCAACGUGGAGGUGGAGCUGAAGAAUUUGGCUGGAGUCAAGGAGCUCAGUGAGAACUCCAACCUCAAGCUGGACUUGCUGGAACAGCAAUUGAAGCAGCUUAAUAGCACUCAGGAGCAACGCCUGGACAUCCUCAUCGGUGCAGUGAAGCAUUUGCAGCCUCACAGUUCCUGGAAAGUGGAAACUGUCCUUCGCGAACUGAUCAUAUCGCAGAAACGCAUCGAACUGGGUUUGGAAGAGUGCAGCCGGCACCAGCCCCAUUCGGAAUAUGGACAUGAGGGCCCCCAGGAGUCCUAUCAACCCAUCUACGGAGCUGAGGUCCCAGAGCCGCAGCAUACUCAUCCCAAGCCCAAGCAAGUGGAUCUAGAACCGGUAUGGAGCAUCAACGAAGAACCCAAGCACGGAGAACACUCUGGAAAUCACAAAGCUGCCGCCUAUGCCCAGUCCCCCGAGCUAAAGAAGAACUAUCAGAGCUCCAGCGCCGUGUCCUGGCGGCAGUCGGUUCCCUGGGAAUACGUCUCACCAUAUCAGUCCGUCCCAGUUCACCACCACCAGCCAUGGAACCCAGCUGGUGUCCACGGUCCCAGCUCCAUUGCCAAGCCGAAGCCAUGUCCCAAGAAAGAGCUCCCUACUCCGGCAUCCUAUGUUCCGUUGCCACAUGACCAGCCUGAGUCCUUCAAGCUUCCGGUGGAUUAUGAUCCCAAUCCUAACCACGAGCAAUCCCAUAAGCUCCAUCAUGAAACCCAGUCUUACAAUGAGGAAAUCUACAAGCCACAGCCCAUCCAGCCAGGAGAGUCUUUCAGAAUUUGGUAUGGAGACAGUUCCAUCCCUCAAGGAUACUAAAGACUUAAAGAAAGAUUCAACUAGAACAACCACUGUUACCAUGACCGAUCCUACUUUUUAAAACAUUUAACAAAAACUUUUAUUGGAAUUUAAAUUCACAACUUAGAACAAUUUUUGUGUUAUAAAUAAAUAAAAAACCAAAGGAAAUCAA